AUUUUUUUACAUACAUCUUGGGGAGUAGGGGAGUGGUGGGUUAGUGGUUCCAAACUCAGGGUCGAUAAUCAAUGGGUUUCCAGUGUUGUUUGGGCGGAACAACCUUAAAUGCUCUCAAGUUUGCCGCAAUUCCCUCUUCUUCUUCUUCUUCUCGCUUAGUUUUCAGGUCACUCUCCAAAACCUUCUUCCUCUAUCCACAUUACAGUCCUCAAAGACCUUCCUUUUCUUUACCCAUUAGAGCUUUCUCAACUUCCACUGUUCAAGCCACAAAAGCAACGCAAAAUCCCACAGAUGAAAAGGUUGUAAAACCUCAAUGGAAAGCUGCAAUUGACUUCAAAUGGAUAAGGGAUAACAAGGAUGUUGUCGCUGUCAACAUAAGAAACAGAAACUCCAAUGCAAAUUUGGAGCUUGUACUCCACCUGUAUGACAAAAUGCUUACUCUUCAAAAGGAAGUUGAGAGGCUGCGUGGAGAGAGGAAUGUGGUGGCAAACAAGAUGAAAGGAAAGCUUGAACCAUCAGAGCGCCAGAAGCUGAUAGAACAAGGAAAGAAUCUGAAAGAAGAGCUUCUUAGCUUGGAAGAAGACCUGCUUAAACUCACAGACGAACUUCAGCAGGAAGCUCAAUGUAUACCGAAUUUGACCCAUCCAGAUGUUCCAAUAGGUGGGGAAGAUUGUGCAACCAUAAGAAAGAUGGUUGGUUCCCCGCGAGAGUUUAGCUUCCCUGUAAAGGAUCACCAACAACUCGGGAAAGACCUUGAUCUUCUUGAUUUUGAUGCUGCUUCAGUGGUCAGUGGAUCAAAGUUCUAUUAUCUGAAAAAUGAAGCAGUCAUGUUAGAAAUGGCGCUUAUUAAUUGGACACUAUCACAAGUUAUGAAAAGUGGCUUUACACCUUUAACAACCCCAGAACUUGUUAGGUCAUCUGUUGUUGAAAAAUGUGGUUUUCAACCCCGAGGAACAAACACACAGGUCUAUUCUAUUGAGGGUAGUGACCAGUGUCUCAUAGGCACUGCAGAGAUUCCAGUUGGGGGAAUUCAUAUGGACUCUAUUAUUUCAGAAUCAUUGCUACCCCUAAAGUAUGUAGCAUUCUCCCAUUGCUUCCGUACCGAGGCAGGUGCUGCUGGUGCUGCAACAAGGGGUCUGUAUCGAGUUCACCAGUUCAGUAAGGCAGAGAUGUUCAUCAUAUGCCGACCAGAUGAGAGUGAAAAGUAUCUUGAGGAGCUCAUCAGAAUCGAAGAAGACAUGUUCUCGUCACUUGGACUACAUUAUAAAAUCUUGGAUAUGGCUUCUGGUGAUUUAGGCGCUCCUGCUUACCGAAAAUAUGAUAUCGAGGCAUGGAUGCCUGGUUUAGAACGGUUCGGUGAGAUAUCGAGCGCAUCGAAUUGCACAGAUUAUCAAAGCCGUCGCCUUGGUAUCCGAUAUCGUCCCUCAGAGCCAUCAGCAGGGAACACUCCUAAAAAGGGGAAGAGUAACCUUGCUCCACCGCAAUUUGUUCACACGUUAAAUGCAACAGCCUGUGCUGUACCGCGAAUGCUUGUAUGCCUGCUUGAGAAUUACCAGCAAGAAGACGGGUCUGUCAUAAUCCCGCCUCCAUUGAGGCCAUUCAUGGGUGGUCUUGAGCUUAUUACUCCCAAAUCUAGAUAAGGGAAGGGAGACCUCAUUACUCUACUUGCAGUCAUAUGAGGAUACAUGCGCAUGUGUUGUUGCACAAUUAUUUUUGAGUAUAAUAAGGAUACAUAUGACGUAACACUUUUGUGUUAAAAAUAAACAAUUCAAAUGAGUGAUGAAUUCAUUUUAUCAAUUUAUUUAGGGAUCAUAUAAAAUUUAUCCA